GAGGCUACGUGAUUCAAGUCGAACAUGUAAUAUCGAUGGCAAUACGUGGGUAUGUUGAGAAUGUCAGUGCGCGUUUAUUAGUAGAGUAGCGCCAGAGUUCAGUACGUGGCAGGGGGAAAAUCAGCGAGCUUCUCGAAAAUUUCAGAUCGGAAAUUUGUAUCCUAGGUACUCAACUGCACGCGCAGAAUUCACAAGCAUUAUUUGUUGCAGAGUCCAGGCUUUGUACGAUACAGCUAAAAAAAUGCAGAUGUGUCCCGCUAUCUUGGUUUUCAUCCUGUGUUGUCUUUGUCGGACGACUGAUGCUGAGGUGUUCACCUCCAUCGGGCAAAUGACAGACCUAAUCUUCACGGAGAGGGAGUUGGUACAGUCCCUGAAAGAGUACAUCAAAGCUGAGGAGUCCAAACUUGCAGCUGUCAAAAGUUGGGCGAGUAAACUGGAUGCCCUGACGCGAGCCUCCACAUCCGAUCCUGAGGGCUUCCUGGCUCACCCUGUGAAUGCCUACAAGCUAAUGAAGAGACUGAACACCGAGUGGUCUGCGCUGGAGAGCCUAGUGCUUGAGGACCCCUCUGAUGGCUUCAUCUCCAAUAUCUCGGUGCACAGACAGUACUUCCCUGACGAGGAGGAUGAGAAGGGUGCGGCCAAAGCUCUGAUGCGCCUGCAGGACACGUACAAACUGGACUCGGAGAGCUUCUCCAAAGGCAAACUGCCCGGUGGGCGGUACAACACUCACCUGACGGUGGACGACUGCUACGACAUGGGCAAGACGGCAUACAACGAGGUAGACUACUACCACGCCGUGCUGUGGAUGCAGCAGGCCCUCAGGCAGAUGGACGCUGGCGAGGAGGCUGACGUGCCCAAGAGCGACAUCCUAGACUAUCUUAGCUACUCCGUGUACCAGAUGGGGGACCUGCCCCGAGCCAUCGAGCUCACCCGACGCCUGGUAGCCAUGGACCCUGGCCACCAGAGGGCAGGAAGCAAUCUGCGUUACUUUGAGAAGCUGCUGGCCAAAGAGCUGAAGGAGACGGCAGAGAUGACUACGGUGCCGGCCACUGAGCAGCCUAUCCAGCUGGACACGUAUGAACGUCCACGUGACUACCUGCCCGAGAGAGAGAUCUAUGAGGCCCUGUGCAGAGGAGAGGGAGUUAAAAUGACGGAGAGGAAACGCAGCCGUCUGUUCUGCCGCUACCAGGACAGGAACAGGAACCCCAGGCUGCUGUUGAAACCCAUGCUGGAGGAGGAUGAGUGGGACAGCCCCCACAUCGUCCGCUACCUCAACGCCCUCUCCGAUGAGGAGAUUGAGAAGAUCAAGGAACUUGCCAAGCCCAGGCUGGCAAGGGCCACCGUAAGAGACCCCAAAACCGGUGUUCUGACCACGGCCAGUUACAGAGUAUCAAAAAGUGCUUGGCUGGAGGGAGAAGAGGACCCAAUCAUUGAACGUGUCAAUCAGAGAAUAGAGGACAUCACAGGUCUCACAGUGAAGACUGCAGAGUUGCUUCAGGUGGCUAACUAUGGCGUAGGAGGACAGUACGAGCCUCACUUUGACUUCUCAAGGAAAGAUGAGCCUGAUGCAUUCAAAACAUUAGGCACUGGAAAUCGUGUGGCUACAUUUUUAAAUUAUAUGACUGACGUGGAGGCAGGAGGAGCUACCGUAUUCCCUGACUUUGGUGCCGUCAUCUGGCCCCGGAAGGGAACGGCAGUGUUUUGGUAUAACCUGUUCCGAAGUGGUGAAGGAGACUACCGAACCAGACAUGCAGCAUGCCCUGUAUUAGUUGGAAGCAAAUGGGGUAACUGCUUUGGGGAAAUGGGGCAAAUGGGGAAAAUUUCUUUAUGUCUGUCUGUUGUCAAGUGAAGUGAAGUCAAGUUUAUAUAGUGGAUUUCAUACAAGGAAGUCAUUCAAUGUGUUUUACAUAAACAAAAGCAAACAGUAAUAGCUAAUAAAAACAUAGAAGGGCAAUAGUCAAAAAAUAGAUUGAGUUUUAAUAGUUUAGUCUGUAUGAGUUAGUAUUUGUGAUAUUGAAAGAUUUGUAAAUGAACCAUUAUGUUGGUUUGGAUGGUGGUUUCUGGUUUAUUCUACAUGUACACAGAUCUAAUUUAAUUCUGUCGAAAAAUAUUUGAAAACUUUUUUCAACAUUCAAGUCUUUUGUCAAUCCUCCACCAACCGCCACCAUUACUACACCACUACCUGCAGAUGAUAUGGCAAAAUUUUUCACUUAAAAAGUUGAUAAGAUUAGGGCCAGCUCAAUGUGCUUUUAAAAGGGGCAUUACCUUAUGUGGACAUGGUAACAUCAUUGCCACCUCUUAAUGAGCAAGGUAAAGGUUGCCUUCACACUGGGUUCGUUUAACUGGACCGCACCCGAGUGUGAUUACUCUCCCCUAGCCCUGACCCAGCUGGUUUCCGGCACAUUACAAUUUUGAACUGCGUUCACAUCAUGAACCAUCAGUCUAAAUGAACUCGGGUCCAGAACAAAUGGUGUAGUGUGAAUGUUAUUAACACAUCACUCACAGUUCUGGAGAAGUUCCUUUUUCUUUCAAACAAGAAAGGGUUGUCUGUGACUGAAGCAUUGAGAGUAGCUAAGGCCUUUGAUGGUCUGUCAUCAGUUUUAAUUUUACUUGACUUAUCUGCAGCCUUUGACACCGUGAACCAUGAAACUCCCAAUUUGCAAUUUUCAGCUCCCAGCAGGCAGUCUAUGCUUUUACCUAAGUGCGGCCUGUUUGUACAUACCUCGCCAUGAUUUUACACGCACGUUGCGAAACAAAUACGCCUGAAGUGGACGCAAAAGCGUUAGUACAUCUGGCCCGAAGAGGUCACAGCCAAGACAAUGAACCAUGAAACUCCCAAUUUGCCAUUUUCAGCUCCCGACAGGCAGUCUGCGCUUUUACCUCAGUGCGGCCUAUUUGUACAUACCUCACCAUGAUUUUGUUCUGCAUUCUAGAGAUUUUAGAUUGAGAUCAAGACUCACCUAUUCACCUUGCAGUUAAUUAAUUCAUUUUCUUACAGAGUUUAUCAUUUCUGUUUAUAUGAAAACUCACUAUUUUCAUUGUUGGUAAUUGAUAUUGUUAUUAUUAUUGAUAUUGUUGAUAUUAGCUAUUAUUAUUAUGCUGUUCAACUUUAUUUUGAACUAAUAAUAUUAAUAAUAAUGGUUAUAUACUGUUAGUCUUUGGACAAACGCAUCUGCCAAAUACCAUAAACACAAACAUACCCAAACAACCUACAUAGUGUAAACCUAUCCAUAGCCCUGACUUUAUACUGUAAACCUAUCCAUAGCCCUGACUUUAUACUGUAUCACAAUAUAUGCACUGUAUGAAUUAUCUAGAUUGCAUAGAACCUAGGUGACUUUUAGAUUAAGUGCAACACAGAGUUGUUUUGUAAGCUGUGAAUGU